CGGGAAGCUGUCCUUGAAGAUGGAGGCCAGGAUACUCUCGUCCUCCACGUCCACCGCCGCCAUGUUGGAGGGCAGCUCAAAACAACAACAACAACAACAACCAUUUCCUGUUGUUUCUGAAGCUCCGGUUGUGACGUCAACGGAAGUGAUGUACGGAUCGUCGUCCCGUUGUAAAGCUGCAGGAGAGGAGCAGCAAACUGUCAACAAGCAACGUCUAGGUGGAGGAAGAUCAGACAGUCAAAGAUAAGCUGAUGUCUGAACUCUCUGAUCCUGACUGACCUUCAUCAGUUGACCUUCACAGCCUCCCAGUGAGACCAGUAUGGCUGCAGCCAACACCACCAAGAUCUCAUGGAGACUGCAGGAGUUCGAGGCUCACUCCAGCCCGGUCUCCUGUUUGGCUCUGGGGAAAAGCUCGGGCCGCCUGCUGGCCACAGGAGGGCAGGACUGCAGGGUCAACAUCUGGGCCCUCAGCAAGGCCAACUGCAUCAUGAGUUUGACUGGUCACAAGAGCCCAGUGGAGUGUGUCCAGUUCAACACAUCAGAGGAGCAGGUCGCCGCUGGUUCUCAGUCCGGAUCGAUACGAGUCUGGGACCUGGAGGCUGCCAAGAUUUUAAGGACUCUGAUGGGGCACAAAGCCAACAUCACCAGUCUGGGCUUUCAUCCAUAUGGAGACUUCCUGGCCUCGAGCUCCAUGGACACAAACAUCAAGCUGUGGGACGUCCGGAGGAAAGGAUAUGUGUUCAGGUACAAGGGUCACACUCAGGCGGUGAGGAGCCUGGCCUUCAGUCCUGAUGGAAAGUGGUUGGCUUCAGCCAGUGACGACUCCACUGUCAAGCUGUGGGACCUGAAUCAGGGGAAGAUGAUCACAGAGUUUAAAUCUCACACUGCAGCCGUCAACAUCAUCCAGUUUCAUCCCAACGAGUACCUGCUGGCCUCAGGUAGCUCCGACAGGACCAUCAAGCUGUGGGACCUGGAGAAGUUUACAAUGAUUGGCUCGUUGGAGGCAGACACAACUCCAGUCAGGUCUGUGUUUUUCAGCUCGGACGGCUCCUGUCUGUACAGCGGGGCCACAGACUGUCUGCGCAUCUUUGGCUGGGAGCCCGACCGCUGCUUCGAUGUGGUACCUGUGGGCUGGGGGAAGGUCUCCGACCUGGCGGUCUGCAACCAGCAGCUGAUUGGUGUGUCUCACCAGCUCUCUAGUGUGUCGUCCUACGUGGUUGAUCUGAAGCGGGUGAAGAAGAGCGGUGGCUCUGUGAUCCAGGGAAUCAUCCAGGACAACCAGCCGCUCGCAGAGCCCAAAGAUCCUAAAGGAUCCGCAUUGCGCAGGAACUACGAGAGACCCACAACCACCUGCAGCUCACAAAGGGUGAAGCAGAGUUCAGACGCUGAUAGGCGGAGCCCUGAAGGUGAGAGGCGGAGCCCCAGUGAGGAUGAGGCGGACGAGAAAGUAUCGUCAGCUGAAAUCCACAACGCAGAAGACUUCAAAGAGAUAUUCCAGCCGAAGAACGCCAUCUCUCGAACUCCUCCCAGGACAUCGGAGCCGUUUCCUGCUCCUCCAGAGGACGACACUAUAUUAGCCAUCGGCCGUCAGCUGAAGGACAUGAUAUCUGCUUUUCCUGAGAAGCAGCAGGCUCCUCCCCUGGCCUCCUCCACACCGGUCCAGAGGGUGGAGCCUAUAGUAGUUUCUUGUGAAAAGCGUCCGGCCCCCCCAGCCUCCGCCCCCCCAGCCUCCGCCCCCCAUCCUCAGAAUCUCGUCACUGCGGUCAAGUCCAAACCUAAAAUCAUCCCGAGCUCCAGGAAUGAGCCCAUCGGGCUGAACGUGGCCGACUUCCUGCCGUCGUCCCCUAACAACAGGGGCGGGGCUCUGAGUGAUGAGGAGUCUCUGUCUCAGCUGAAAAAGGGUCAUGACACCAUGUGUGUGAUGCUGCGCAGCCGGCACAAGAACCUGGAGACGGUCCGGUCCGUGUGGGCCAGGGAGGACAUCAAGAGCGCGCUGGCCGCGGCCGUCUCCAUGAACGACCUCUCUAUCGUGGUGGACAUCCUGAACAUCAUCAACCUGCAGCCGUCGCUAUGGAAACUUGACCUGUGCACAACGAUUCUUCCACAGAUUGACCAACUGCUCCACAGUAAAUAUGAGAGCUACAUCCAGACUGGCUGUACGUCUCUGAAGCUCAUCAUGAAACAUUUCUGGAUGCUGAUCUCCGACACGCUGAAGGCGACGCCGUCUGUGGGCGUGGACAUCACACGAGAGGAGCGGCACCAGAAGUGCAGAGCGUGCUGUAAGCAGCUGAAGAACCUGAGCCACCUGGUGAAGAACAAGGCGGCGCAGGUCGGUCGUCAUGGCAGCGCCUUCAGAGAGCUGCAGCUGCUCAUGGCGCCGCUCGACGACUCCCUCUGAGGACAUCAGGAGCUUAUUUACAGCUUCACAGAUCCUCCAGAAGCCUCCCUGUUCUCUAAGGAACCCCCUUCAGAGAAGAACCACCUCAUUGGAAGCGUUCUGGUUGCUCACCGUUCUGGUUGCUUAGCAUAAAGGCAUGUCUGCUGGAUUCACCCCCUCAUUGUUGACUUAUUCCUUUUGUCCAGAUGAAACUAUCAUUUGCAGAUUAUUUACUAGUAAACCCAUCGUCCUUUUUAGACUGAAAUUUGUUGUUACUGUUUAUUUAAAUAAAGUUGAAAGAUACA